AUGAAAUUGUAUUACGAGCUUCCUUUCGAUAACCCAGAAUGUCAUGAUAUGACUCAACUCAUAGAUAACACCAAGGAAGAGUUAAUGGAAUUGUUUAAACCAGCAAAACCCAAUAUCUUCCAACAAAUUUAUCGAUUUUUAUGUUUCAUUGUAUUCUUAGGUCCACUUAAGAUCGUUGUAACAUUCAUAGCUUUCGGUAUGUUUUAUGUAGCAUGCGGAAUUGUCCCAUAUUUUAAGUCCCGCUUCCAGAAUAAUAGGCAAUAUAAGAAGUGGGCUCAAAAAGUGAUCAAACCAUUCGUGAGACUUGGCCUACUUUCAUUCGGAAUUGUGAAAAUCAAUGCCUCGGGUGUUCUCCAUGAAGAUUCAAGAACAAUUAUUGCUAACCACCUUUCAUUGAUCGAAACGCUAGCCAUUCUUUAUCAAUUCCCAGUUGCAUACCUUGCAGCUGAAAAUUUAUCCAAACAUACGAUCAUCAAACGUACAAAAGAAGUUUUUGAAUUUAUUUUCGUUGAUCGUAGCAAUGAAAACGCACACAUAUCACAGCAAUUAGUUAACAUUGCAAAUGAUCCUUCUCUUUUACCAGUUCUCAUCUUCCCAGAAGGAAAAGUUACAAAUGGCGACGCUUUGGUCGGUUUCAGAUCAGGAGCCUUCGUAGCAGAUACCCCUGUUCAAGCAGUCACAAUCCGUUUCAGACAAUACCUUAUGCCAAAGGAAAUCGCACAAGUUUCUUGGAAUGAAGACAACUGGUGGAUUUAUUGCUACCAAGUCUACUGCAUUCCAUUUAUGACUCUUGACAUGAAUGUUUUGGAGCCACUUAAUUAUAAAGGAAGAGAAAUUUCUCCACAAGAAAAAGCCGUUGAAGCUGAACUUCAGAUUGCUAACGCUUUACAUACAAAGCCAUACACAAUGACAAACAAAGUCCUCUUUUCAAAACCAAAUGCUGAUUAA